AUGAUUGAAGAAAUAUGGAGGACAUGAUAUAUUUAUUCUUGAUAUUACUUUCAAAAACAGUGCUCUGUCAGUUUUCUGACAAUGUGGCAUUUACUUUGGGGCAGACCAAACAUCUGUACCUCAGUCAUGGCGAACAGAUAGCCUAUAACAAAGUUAUCACAAAUAUCUCUGCCACGUUUGAUCCUCAGGGAUCUUUUAUUUGUACAAACCCAGGAAUUUAUGCCUUUCACUUUUUCUCUUUGGCUCAUACCCAAAGCAAGAUUUGGAUAGAACUCUAUAAGAACACAAACUAUAUCUGCUCUGUGUAUGGGUAUACGUCACAUGGUUAUGCAGAUGCUGGAAAUUCUGUUCUGCUUCAUUUGAAUUUAAAUGAUCACGUGAGUAUCAGAACUCACCAAUCGUAUAACACGACACUCUUUGGAACAGACGACGAGAUUUACACCACAUUUACUGGAAUUUUACUUUCUUCUGACGAAUUCGAACAUUCCUAUGAGGACGUGGCCUUCUCGGUUGGAAUUGACCAUCAUUUUCAUGCAACUAACGGUGAAACGGUUAUGUAUAACAAACUCAUGGUUGAAAGUGAUGCAUACGAUCCCCUGACGGGUGUAUUUACUGCGCCGGUGGAUGGAACCUAUAUUUUUCACUAUCAUGGACUCGCUCAAAAUAAUCAGUUGAUUUGGUUGGAGCUUUACCACAACAAGGACUACGUUAACGCUGCUUACGGUCACACGGUGUCUGGGUUCGCUGAUGCCGGUAAUACUGCUGUGCUGCACCUUCAUUCGGGGGACAAGGUGUACGUAAAAACCAGAAAUAACAGAGCGAUUGACCUCUUUGGAACACCAAACGAAGUCUACGCCACAUUCUCAGGGAUUCUAUUAGCCCCUGUAACCCACGAUUCCGACGAUUCCCAGUCUGAAGUUUCAUUUUCUGCUGGCCUUUCGCAUCAUUUUUCGGGAACCACUCUAAUCUUCGACCGAAUUUUCUCUAACCGUGGAGGCGGAUACAGCCCGGUCACGGGGUAUUUCACCGCUAGAGAGAGUGGUAUUUACGUGUUUCAUUUCCACGCCUUGUCACGUUCUGAUGCUAAAGUCUGGGCGGAGUUGUACCAUAACUAUCACUAUAUCGACUCAUUGUAUGGUCGAUCUAAUGGAGAGUUCGCCGCCGGAAGUAACGCUGCAGUCUUAGAUUUAGUGUCAGGUGACACAAUCUUUUUAAAAUCUAGACAGUCCACUAAUUCUUACUUCGGGGCACCAGAUGAAGUAUAUUGUACUUUUUCUGGCUACAAAAUUACAUUGGAAGAUCACAUACUUAUAGGGAACCCGGGUGAAGUAAUUGGUUAAUUGCAAUAAAUCUUCAUAAAGCCUUAACUUUUCUUGAUUCUCGUCAUCUUUGUGUUAACGACUGGUUAAAAAAGAUGUGAACAAUUCAGUUUCAUAAUUUAAAAAAAUUAAUCCUACAAUGGUUAUUAAAAUGUUUUGAUAAAACCUGUGAUGUUAAACAAAUUAUCAGAUUUCUAAGGUCGGUGAAGAUUGGUACAAGGUUUUAGAUAGAAUUUCUUGUUCUUUCUUAAAAAAAAAUUAUUUCAUAUAAUAGUUGUUUUUUGUUAUUUUGAUUU